AUGUCUUCACUCUUUCAGCCAAGACCAGUGCUGUCAUCACAGCGUUACUCACAGUCACCAGACUAUGUUGAUACCAGACGUAGUAUCCAUAAUGGCAGACUACCUCUUCGAGAGUCCACUGGCAAUGCUCAAUCCCACAGCUUUAAUGGCUUAGUCUCUUGUUAUCAGAAUCAGGUGGCCUUAGCACCAUCUAUGCAAACCACUAUUCCUGCUCCCAUGGUUCCUUCACAAUCCCUCGAUUGCCUUUACAGAGUUCCGACUCCUCGUCAACAGGCUCGUUUUCAGAGGAGGCCCAAGACUUCCGUCAAUCCCCUCUACUUCUGGCCAGCUUUCCGCCAGUAUCGUAACAGGCAGGCUCACAAAGAUACCCAAAAGGACAAGGGUGGCGUCUGGCGUCGACCGGAGCUUGAAGAUGCCUUCGUCGACUCUGUACUGCUCAUGCCUCACAUGGGCCGCCGCAAGUUCUCCAUGGGAGGCAAACUCCACGGCCGCAACAUGCUGAUCAGCGAGUACAUCUUUGUGAUUUGCAUUGCUCUCUUGGGGAGCAAGGAGAUUUUCCGAAUCGACAAUAGUAAUGAAAGCAUCGAACAGAUGGGACGCAAACAAGUCUCCAGCCAUAUGCAAGUGGUGAAGAAGUUUUUCGAAGAUCUUCGUUGCUUCCACUUUUUGUUCCCGUCAGAGGAAAAGAAGGAGCCCGGCUCGACAAACUCGGAUGACGGCUAUGACGAAGAAGAGCAGGAGUCAUUCAAGUCGAACCCUGUUCUUACAGCUCUGGCAGAGGGCCGAGUUCCCGACGUCAAACCCAACUAUGAGUACUUCUCCCAGCUUCUGGCCUUGCAGUCAUCCAUCUGCACACGACCGAAGACGUGUGAGAUUUUUGUCUCGUCUUCUGAUAUCAAGAUUCGGGAUGAUGUUGCCUACGAUGCUCAUGAUACCCCCCUGGACCAAGCGUCCUUCCCUCACUUGAAUAAGUACACCAACUGUGACGACAGUCCCAACGUCCUUGGCAAGGAUGUCCUUUUGCACGAGUACACUCGAUCUCUUGACCGAACCACGUCCGCCUGCGCCAAGUCUGUGACCCGGCGAUGGCAGAAUGAUGCCCCUGCCAUGUUUGAGACUCUCGAGCUUCCCUCUAGAGACGAGGAGUGCUUGCUGCUAGAGAUGUGCGCCACUCUGGAAUUGCACGAACAUGCCAAGUUCCCGUCUGGAUCGGAGCUCACGGGGUUUGUCGAGGUUGCUAUUACGCAGCCUGCUCUGCAGAACCAUCGGUGGAAGUGCAUCACACGCCUUACGAGACCCGCAGAGCUCCACAGCGAUGAGGGCAAGCAUGGUGUUUACACAAAUGACAGCGGAAUCCACCGCCGUGGAUGCAGCGAUUCCAAGGCGGAGUGCGAGUGCCACACCCGCCCUCGUCAGGAUAUUCACGUUCCUUUCCCUGCAGUGGAGUGGGCCAGCAUUCUUAGCAUGGCGGUGCAAUAUCCCGACGUUGAGCACCAGCGCCUGAAGGAGAAGCGACGCAAGUAUGCCGAUGGCGACGGCAAGAAGGAACUCGAGAGAGCUGGCAGCAAGCGCAAGCGCUCCGAGGAUGAAGGCGACGCUGCCUCGUGGACUCGCCGAGAACUGACUGGCAGCGACUUGAUUUGCAAGGUGGCCAUGUACCAGGAGCUCUGGUCUUGCGCGCCCGAUUCUACGCAGUGGACUCGCCAGGCAAUCAUCUUUUGGAGAUUCAACACGACCAAUCAGUGGCACAAGUACAACCCGGUCUUCAAGCCUGCUGGGACUACCUGGCGAUGGCUGACUAUCAAUGACCCAAUGUCCCGGUACCAUCAGCAAAAGGCGCUGGUCUAUCCAACGGCAAACGUCUCUAGAGAUGCUCUCAUGUCGCCAACUCCCACCAUCCACCAACACUUGACAGCAGCAAUGAAUGAGACUUUCAACUCUUGGGACCAAGGCAGCAGCGCGCCUCACGUGCCACAUGUUCCGCCUCUGCAAACCCCCAACAACAGCAUCGGGCUUUUUGAUUCAUUCUCCAACGGACUAGCCACGCCACCACCAACGGCAACUCUGCCCCCGGCAUAUCCCACGGGAAAUUUUGACAGCCGAAGCGGGAGUUUUGAUGCUCGUAGUGCCAGCUUUGAUACCAGAAGUGGUUCGUUUGAUGGCAACCUGGGGCCGAACAAUGGAGUAGCAUUCCUCCCAACGACCGGUCCGCCACCGCAACACGAGCGCCAGCCAACAGCCCUUGGCAACAACAACCAGCCUUUCUUCGACGGACAGCAGUCCUUCUCCGAGGUGAAGCCAAUCAACACAGCGGUCAACUCUUACAUGACGGCCAGCACCUCGCUCGAACUCCCCAACCAGCUCGUCUACGACAACUCUGGCGUGGAUGCCAGCAACAUGCAAGGAUGGGACAUGUCUGCCCUAGACGGCUGGUCUGCAGCAGCUUCGGCACCAGGCAGCGCCACGGCAGAAUGGGGACCAAAUACCAAGGUUGAAUCCCAUGCGGGAGAUCAUCACGGUGCCAUGUGGGCUCCUCCCCAUUGGCCCCUAUCUGCAGGAGCAGCGCCCAGCUCCCACGAGCGAGGUGCGAGCCCUCGACCCCUCAAGAGACGGAGAGAGACUAUGGACGUUCAUGUGCCCGUCACUGCUGGAUGGUGA